UUAAAAAAAAGAUUUUUCUCGUGUUUUUUUUUUUGCUGCUGCUGAUUCCUGGGAAUCUUGUGUGCAUAGAUCUCUCUCUCUUUUUUUUUAACGUUUUUUUUUAUUUUGUGCGAAAUGGCGAUGCUGCUGGAUGGUGGACCCCAGUUCCCUACAUUAGGGGUUGGUGGCUUUGGUGCGCCUCGACAUCAUGAGAUGCCCAAUCGAGAUCCCGGACUGGGACUCAAUCCUUUCGGUGAUUCGGCUCACAGUGGCGCUUUCAAGCUGAGCCCCGUGGCUCACGACAUUUCUUCCAGUCAGACCUCAGCUUUCACUCCGCAGGCAUCGGGCUACGCUGCUGCAUUUGGUCACCACCAUUCCGCUGGUCAAGUGGGCUCUUACGGUGGGACAUCUUUCAAUUGCACCCGGGAUUUCCUGUUCCGAAACCGAAGCGCUAAUAUUGGGGAAUCUGCUCCCACAAGUGCUCAGCAUGGCAUUUUUACAUCGCCGACUGGAGCCAUCCACGGACCCCCUGGGAUUCCGGACAAUCCAGGACAUCUUUUAUUCCCAGGGCUUCAUGAACAAGCACCCAGCCACACAUCUCCGAAUGGACACGUAGUAAACGGGCAGAUGCGCCUCGGGCUCCAUGGUGAUAUUUUUGGAAGACCAGACCCGUAUCGACCGGUGAAUAGUCCCAGGACAGAUCCAUAUGCCGCGGCUCAACUGCACAAUUACAGUCCCAUGAACAUGAAUGUGGGUAUGAACGUGACUGGUCAUCACGGACCGGGAGCUUUCUUUCGGUAUAUGAGGCAGCCCAUUAAACAAGAAAUGUCCUGCAAGUGGAUAGACGAAGUCCCGAUCAAUCGCCCCAAAAAGUCUUGCGAAAGGACUUUCAGCUCGAUGCACGAACUGGUAACACAUGUCACCAUGGAACAUGUUGGCGGGCCGGAGCAAACAAACCACAUUUGUUACUGGGAAGAGUGUCCGAGGGAAGGGAAAUCGUUUAAGGCCAAAUACAAACUGAUUAAUCACAUCAGAGUGCACACAGGCGAGAAGCCGUUCCCUUGCCCCUUCCCGGGAUGUGGAAAAAUAUUUGCAAGAUCUGAAAACCUGAAGAUCCACAAACGGACACAUACUGGUGAAAAACCGUUUAAGUGUGAGUUUGAGGGCUGUGAUAGACGUUUUGCAAACAGCAGUGACCGUAAGAAGCAUAUGCAUGUCCAUACCUCGGACAAACCGUACAUCUGCAAAAUGUGUGACAAGUCGUACACUCACCCCAGCUCUCUUAGGAAGCACAUGAAGGUGCAUGAGUCCCAAGGUUCCGAUUCUUCCCCGGCUCCCAGCUCUGGCUACGAAUCUUCCACCCCUCCAACUCAUGUGUCUUCAAAUAGUGAAGAUCCCAGCAAAACAUCGGCGUCGACCGCACAAAAUACUGCCAACCACAAUCCGGCACUUCCGCCUAAUUUUAACGAGUGGUAUGUCUGAGAACAGGACACAGAUUGUUCGGAGAUGGACUAACAACUUGCCUGUUCAAACCUGUUGAAACCUUUUUAGAAGCAAACCGAGCAAAGUACUUCGGAUUUUUUUUAAAAAAAAUACACAUAAUAGCAAUGGGAAUCAUCGGUUAAAUAGUUGCGUCAAUGAUUUUUUUUUCCAAGAGAAAAAGGCUUUGGUGAUUGAAGGUGAUCACAUACAAACACACACACAACACACACACACACACACACUGUGGACUGACCGACCGUGCGCUUUGCUCAGGACUGGAAAGCAAUUGUUGUUGGCGUUCAGAUGUGAUUUUCUUUUGUUUUGACCGUUUGGCGAAAAAAAAGCAUAAAAGCAAAGAAUCUUGCGUAUGACCGUUUAUUUUGGUGGUGAAUUCAUGGCACCUUGAGGGUGAUUGACUGAAAUUCACACAGUCUUAAAAAACGUGCCAAAGUCCUGUUAUGUCUUGAACUUAAAGAAAAAAAAUACUCGUGAAUGUAUUUCCUGUUCGAUGGGGUCGAAUCUGUUGUUGUUUAGUGCUUUUUUCACAGACUGGGAUUGUAGUCUUACUAGUGCAGGAUUGUGACAGUAAAGUAUACCGUUGCCUUUUAUAAUAACAACUUUUUUGUAAAUACAUAUUCAUAAUAUCAUAUUUAUCACUUUGUAAUUUAAUUAUCGGUAUUUGCGUGCCGGGAUGAAACGAUAUUUAUGAAAAAUUGUUUUCUAACAAAACCCUAUGUACAGUUUUUUUGGGGGGAGGGGAGCUAUAACCACGUUAACAUUAAACCAUUUUGAUUUACAAA